AUGUGUCCUUACAAUGUAACGUUAUCUCACUACAUUGCCUAUAACUGGGAAAGAGAAACAUUUGAAUUAGGUCUGGCGCACAAUUUAUGGAAUUGGACAGUAAGGGAUAUUAAUGGGACCACCCCUGUACACUAUGCAUGCUGUGCUGGAAAUAGAGAUAUGAUAGAUUUGUUAGAAAGAAAUGGCGCUACAUUUGAUGAAAGAUCUUUUAAUGGAUCUACCCCUUUACACUCUGCAGCAAUAUGUAGACAACAUAAAAUUCUAUCUGAUUUGCUUUCUCGAUAUCCUGAGUCUGUAUUUGACAAUCAAAAUAGAUCUAUUAGUCAUUAUGUAGCUAUGAGUGUUCGGUAUUAUGACGAAUCAACAAUAGAGAUCAUUGACAAGAAUGAAUUUCAAGAAGUUCAUCUUAAAAAUAAAUUACAAGAAGAAGCUGUUUUUAGAGACACACGUAAUAAAACACCAUUACACUACGCAUGUGAAAAUGGUAAUAUAAACAUGUUUAACUUCUAUUACAAACACUUUUCUAACAUUGCUUAUUUGGGCAUUGUUGACUAUUCUAUUUUAAAUGCUGCAUUUAUAAACACACCAGUUAUCUACAAUGAUGUUGUAAAAACUGCUGUUUGUAACAUUUAUCUCUUAUAUACAGAUUUAGAUUGCGAUGUUAAAAGAUCAAAGAUUUUCAUUCCCCAUGAAUACAUCGUAUAUCUAAUUCUCAAAAGUACUUUCGCGCAUAGACGUUUUGUUAGACAAAAUAUUGAAAUAUAUAUAAAAAUUAGUUUACAGAAAAAUAGUGCUCACCUAUUAGCUAUAGUUUUUCAUAACUUUCCGCUCGAGUAUAGCCAAUAUAUGUAUAAAAACGGUGUGGCAUCACUAAAAAAUUUAUUUAAACACCCGAAAAUAAACCCGAUUUUAUUAAGGUUUCUCCCUGACAUGAGCUACAAUUGCUCUAACAUCACAAGUGAAGCGGUCCUGCAUGAUAUAGUUCAAGACGAGACAAGGACCUUUUGGACUUUACGCCUGUUUGAUUUUAAUAAAUUCCACAUAUUUGCAAAAUCAUUAGAUCUAUGUAUGGAUUCUAAAGGAUACAACUUUCUCCAACGGUCGAUAAUUGGAGGAAAUAAAUUAGCGUUUCAGUUACUAUUAAAAUUAGGAAUGUCCUGUUCGACAACUACUCGGGAUGGUAGAAAUCUUAUUGAAUUGUUAGUUGAUAGUGCCCCAUGUUUUGAAGAAAAAGACAAAAGGAGAAAAGUAAAGAUGUCUACUUUAAAAAUAAGCUCAACCGUCCAUAAAACAUGGAUCGAAAAUAAUUUUGCAUCAGAUAGUUACAAUGCAAUCUCAUCCUACUUAGUGAGAAAAACUCGCUUGAUUAGGAAGAUAAAAGUUCGAGAACUUUGCAAUAAUGCUUCAGAUUCUUUAAGUUUUACUCAGAAAGUAGCAGCAAAAGGAUUAGUAGAUCUGUUGAUCGAAAUAGAAAACAAAUUUGAUCGAAAUUGUGUUGAUAAGAAUAAUUUAACUAUUGCAAUGUUACUACAUUUUUUCAACCACUUUGAAAAAUUUCCCCUCCGAUUUCAACUUCUACAAAAAUAUGAUAAAACAAAUAGAAAGACGAUAACUGCACUCUUUUUAAAAAUUUUAUGGCACUUUAAACCUAUUUUCCCCCCGAAACAUUCAGUGGAACGCAAAUGUAAGUUUCGGAUGAAAAACUAUAGGAGUAUUCGCCGAAUGGGGUUAUGUGCAUUUAGCAUGGAAAAAGAAAGCUUGCUUAUAACGCAUCAGUAUCUUAAAAUUUCCGGAGUCAAACUGAAAACUAAUUCUAUGAUAUAUGAAAUGAAUAUUUUUCGAAAUAUAAACUAUCUUAAAGAUUAUUUAAUCGACACACCGAUAUCUUUGAAUAUUCCAAAUGCUAGCGAGAACCCCCAUGCCCUAUCAAAUGCAACUAUUGUUCUGUAUGAUUCAAUAUUACAAGGACUUCGAAAAUAUAGGUGUAUAGAUAGGUUUUAUACAUAUACAAAUUCGUUCAAAAUGCGUUUUACGCCUUUUGAUAAGACUUCAGGCAGAAUUUGUUGUAAAUUGAUAUCUUAUUUUAAAAAAGUGAAAUUGUUUUUUGAAUAUCUCUAUUCUCUCGGAAAAGUUAAAAUGAAGUUUUUAUUAUUACAUUUAUAUCAUAAAAAACUGAACAUACCAUUUGAACGUGAUAAAAAAAUUUUAAUCAGAGGCAAAGAAUUUGGAUAUAUUGAUGUAUACCUUCAAUCAUUAGUAGCUAUCACUUUAAAGAAACCUGAAUUUCAUAUGCACAAAAGGUAUAGCUUCUUAGACUGGUUUAAGUCCUGCAAAAACUGUUUAGCAAAUGAAAUGAUUAGGCAGAUAACUUUAUCAACUAUAUGGGAUAUAACGAGAUGGAAAGGUUCGGAUGAAAAUAUCUUUUUAAAAUUGAAUUUGAAGCCAACAUUUAUAUCAAAAGACGCUGACACACCUCUAAACAAAUACAAUAUUUUUUCUGAAGAUGCUGAGGUGCCUUAAACUUUUUUUUAUAUAUUAUAAACAUUUCGAAAUUUUCGAGACAGAUUUAUGUUAAUUUAUUAUUCCAAAGAUCAGCCUAAAAUUUUUAGAUAUAUCGUCAGUCAUAACCUACCAUUUGUUAAAAAAAAAUCCAAAUGAUUUAGCUUUAAACAUCGAAUUUUUUUUUUUAAAAAUCUGUAUACAUUGUACAAAACACUUUUAGUCAAAAAGAUAAAUAAAGUGUAAAUAUGACCACUACCAUACAAUCCUAUUACUGUAAUUGCAGCUUUGUAAGACACGUUGUUAGACAUUUUGAUAUUAAGGAGGCUUGGUGGUCAAGAAAUUGUCCCGCAUAUCAACCAUAAAACUUAAGAUAUGAUUUUUUAGCCGAAAUCAUUUACUGGAAAGGAAAAUAUUGCCUUUAUAAUUUAAAUAUUUUUAUUUUUAUGCCUUUACUAGGCUUUUGAAAGAUUGAUUUACUCCAAAAUGACUAUCCAGCCCUCUCAAUGUGUGUAGCAUUGUAUUUGAUGAAAGCUUUUGAGUUGAAUUGUUACUUAUUUUUCAUUGUAAGGUCAAGAUCUAGUAAUUGACAGGUGCCUACAGGUUUAUGAAAUUAAGGAUAUAAUUUUUUUUUAAUAAUGCUUCAUAUAAGUAGCUUUGUUUUGUCCAUUUUUGACUGAUGAAAUAUAUGUAGAAUGUCUACAGUCUCUUCAAAAACGACAUUAAACAAGUUCUUAACCUCCUCUUUAAGAUGAUGUCGAAUUCAAUAAAUGUAUCGAUAUUACUUUUCCCAUGAUUUGGUAUAGAAUAUCAAGAAACUGUUUUAUAUUCAAAACAAUCUCUUUAAAGCGGAAAAGUACAGGAAAAAGAUUCAUCAAUCAAUUAUUACGUCAUAAUGGUUCUAGCAACAUAAAGAUACUCUCGGAUCAUUUACUAGAUAUUUACCUUGAUAACUGAUUAAUAUGUAUUUGCAUUAUAUUUUAUUUAUUUAUUUAUUUUAUUUAUAUGCAUUAUAUUGUAUUUGCAUAUAUUGCAGAAAUAUUUGCAUUGACCAUUAUUCUUAAUUAUAACAUUUGUGAUUUUUUUCCAAUUGUAUCAAAAUAAAGAA